CGAAAACUCGAGAUUGGGUUAGUCUUAAGUGUACUUUCGUAAUUAACUUUCUGCUAAUAAUCUUUCAAAUCAGCAAAAACUAAUCAAAUUUAGUUGAAAAUUUCUGCCUACCUUAACUCUUAAGGUAAAUUUAAACUAGACUACAUGCUUUUCUUGAAUUUAGACAUCUUUUUCAUCCUUUUUACUUUAACUUUUAAUUUUUUUUGUUAAUGUAAUAAUUGUUUGGUUAAUAAGUGGGGAAAUUAGAUGAGAUGGAAACAAAAUAUUUGUGCUUUACUUGUACAGAAGUCAUUCUCUGCACUUGAUGAUUCACUCUUCUUUUCUUCCCUUUUGUUUUGGGUGGGGAAGAGGGUGUCCUUUAUUUUUUGGGAUCCUCUAGUUUAAGAACUAGUAUGUGGAUUAAGCAAAGGAAGAGCUUUUUCAAGCGAAACCGCGCUUUUUACGACGAGCUUAGAUAAAAGGCCAACAUUCCUUUCUCUUUGAACUAACACUGCUGCUUCUUUAAAAAAAAGUUCCCUUGUUUCUAUCUAUGCCUUUAUAUAACUUGUGUACAACUUCUGAUCAUUCUCAAGUACUCUACUCUGUUCGUCUCUCUUUCUCUCUGCAGGAUUGGCGAACCACAAAAGUUGAUUGACACAAUCUAGAGGGGGAAGAUGGGUACAGCGCAGGUGCAGCGUCUGCAAACGAGUUGGGUUGUGUUUGCAAUUCUUGCAUUGACCAUCAGCUCGAAGUUGGGUGUUUCUGAAGCUCAACUCUUACCGAACAGCAAUGAACCAGGAAGUACAUCGGUGCCAACGCUAGAUACCUUCAGCCAUACCACAUACAAACCAAAAGAUAUAGUACGGGUAGAUCCACUGGAACAAUUCAGCAACUACAGAGGCGGCUAUAACAUCACAAACAUCCAUUAUUGGAGUUCGACUUUAUUUACUGGAAUUUAUGGAUAUGCAAUCGGACUGUUAUGGCUCAUCUCAGGCAUUGUGUAUGCCAUAUAUCUAAUAACAGCUUCUUGCUGUAAAAGUACAAGCAAGAACCAACAGCUGAAAAACAGAACACCAUGUCACAAGCCGUGUUAUCUCUUCCCUCUAAUUUUCACCACAUUUUUCGCUAUCCUAGCAAUAAUUGCAUCUGGGAUGGCUCUGGAAGGAAAUAUGAGAUUUCAUUCGGAAGCAAACACAAUAAUGAGAGUUAUAAUCCACACUGCAGAUCAGGCAUCCAAUACCAUAUACAAUGCCACAGGACCAAUGAGAAAGAUUGGUGCAAACUUACAGCAACAAGCAAUGGAUAGUAUUGAUGGUGUGGAUGGGGCUGAUACUACAGAUAUGGCUGCUGCAGCUAGCUUCUUGGCUUCAACAUCCGACAAGCUCGAUUAUGCAGCAACUGGCAUAAAAAGACAAGCUCAGAAAAACAGGCUCUUAGUAGAGAAGGGUCUGACGAUAUUGUAUAUCCUGACCAUCGUCACCAUAUCCAUAAACCUAGCUGCUGUGAUAGCUCUUACAGUUUUUGGUAUACUGAGAUUUCGACGAGUACUACACAUGCUAGUCGUAUUCUGUUGGAUUCUAGCAACCCUCUGCUGGCUAUUCUUUGGGGCAUAUUUCUUCCUUGAAAAGUUUUCCUCCGACACAUGCCGAGCUCUUCAAGACUUCCAACAAAACCCAGACAACAGUAGCUUAAGCUCAAUCCUUCCUUGCGAUGAAUUUCUUUCAGCAAGAACCGCAUUAUCUGAUGUUGGCAUUGGAGUCUAUGAAAUUGUAGACCAGGUGAACACAAAUAUCUCUCUUGUGAGGAGUUCUUCAUUCCCAAGUCUCCAAUACGUAUGCAACCCUUUCUCUGGACCACCUGAUUUUACGUAUCAACCAGGAAACUGUGCAGCUGACACAAUUAAGAUAGGAGAUAUUCCACAGGUGCUGAAGAUGUUUACUUGUUCAGACACCAGCGGGACAAGUUGCCAGGAAGGAAUCAUAACAAGCAGUGUUUACAAUGUCAUAGAAGCUUACUCAACUUCAAUACAAAAUCUGCUAAAUGCAUACCCAGAUAUGGAGAAUCUAGUAGAUUGCCAACUCGUAAAACAUGCAUCCUCAAGGAUCCUAGUCAAACACUGCAAGCCAUUGAAGAGCUACGCACAGACAACCUGGGUUGCAAUGUUGGUACUUUCAGUGGUGAUGGUGAUCUUAGUCCCAAUAUGGGCAAUUACUGGUUAUCAUGAACGAAAACAUCAUUUUGCAGAUGGUUCUAUACAGCCAAAUACCACAGGUGCAAAUCAUGUGGAUCCUGAAGCAGCUAAAGCAACUAUUGCACACCAAAUCCAGUAGUCUGAUUGAGAUUCAACCAUAAAGCAAGAAUUUCUUAGCAAAGCAAGAGAAUUAAGGCUCUGCAAUAACAUAAGAGUACGAGUACAGUAGGGAUGCCUGGAAGCAGAAAGCAACCCAGGAGCUCCUACACACCUUAAACAAGCUAGGAAAACUGGAAAAGUAACCCAACAGCACCAAGCUCUCCAAGUAAUUAUAGACUUAUAGUGUUGGAGAGAACUAAAAUACACUCCUUACGUCCUUAGCAUAGCCUGACAAACAACAUUUUUGUUCAGAAGAAGUGCGCAACAAUAUUUUUUACAAUGAUUGUUGAUAAAUUUACAAUAUUAUAAUGUACAUAAAAUACUGGGACCAACCCCAUGAAAGGAACACAAUGUGUUGUAAUUGUAUUUUGUAACACUAUAUUCAAGAAGCUACUCAACUUUUAUCAUGAAA